GUAUAUAAAGUAGGGAUCGUUCCCACCACUAUCAAUACAUUGCCGACCGUCCCAGCGAACGCACAUUGGGAGAAAAACUUUGAAGGUUUUCUUUUUUAAAUUUGUGUCAGUGUCAACCGAGCCGCUCAUCCCUUAGAUACGGAAUCCAUAAAAAACAGGAUGAAGGUCUUAUUACUUUGUUUGGCCUUUGCGGCUGUGAGCUUGGCCAUGCCUGUUGCGGAACAAGAGGCACCUGUUGCAUCCCCCGCAGUACCUGAGGUCAAGGCUGAAGACGUAAAGCCUGCAGUAGAAGCACAGCCUGCAGUUGAAGAAAACAAGCCGGAGUCUGUCCCAGAAGUUAAAGCCGCUGAAAAACCAGCUGAACCAGAAGUUAAAAGUGCACCAGUAGAGGAAGUGCCAAAGGUCAUUUCUGAGCCUCAAGCUGACAUUGUUUCAGACGAUAAAAAACCAGAUGUUCCUGAGGUAAAAGCAGUAGCUAUCGAAAACCCCGUGGUAGAAUCAAAACCAGAAGAUUUGCCAGCAGUAGAUGCUAAACCAGAAGAACCAAUCCAACCAGAAGUUAAAUCAGCUCCUGCAGAAGAAGUGAAGCCAGAAGUUGCAGAAGCCAAAGUAGAAGAGGUGGUUCCUGAACCUUCCGCCAAAUCCGAUAUUGCUGAACCCAGUAUUGAUGUCGUAAGCGCAAUUAAAAAUGAUGCAGCUGUAGCUGAUGAUGUUAUGGACCCAACAGCUAUUAACCCUAUUUCUGAAUCUCAGCCUGUCGUAUCCCCUAAAAGCGCGAUUCCCGAAGAAAGCAAACCAGCUGUUGAAGAAAUUGCCGCAAAAAGCAGCAAUGCUGAAGAAGAAAAACCCGUUGAAGUGAAAGCCGACAAUAAAGAAGCUGAAUCUGCAGCUCCAGCUGAGGCUGUUCCUGCGGCAAAAGCAGCCGCAGUUGAUGAACUUCGCGUAGUUCGUGACGCUGAAGAAGCAAAACCAGUAGAAGCACCAAAGGAAGAAGUUAAAUCAGUAGCCGAUGUUGUCAAGGUUGAAGACAAGCCGGUUGAACCUUUAAAAUCUGAAGAUAUUAAACCCGCUGAAGAAAAAGAACAAAAAUCGAUCCAGGCAGUUGAAUCCGGUGACGUCAGCAAGGAUGGGAAAUCAGUGGAAGUUCCAAAAAUCCCUGAACAGGUUGUAGCAGCUGGAUCGGCUAUAGAUGUCAAACCUGAUGUCAAAUCUGACGAAAAGGCUCUCGGCGAUGCUCCAGCUAAGGACUCCGACGAAAGCAACGAAAGUUCGGGUAAGAAUGACAGCGCAGAAUCCUCAGAAGAAAGCGGAGAGAAGGAGAAACAAGCAAAAUCCUAGAUAACUAAUAGUAGUUUAGUUAGGCGGAAGGCGUGUGUCGACAAACCUUCUCGACACGCGCCAUCCGCUCCUGGUACUAAGUUUGUGAUGCAUCCCCCCAUCUCCCGGGGAAAUAUCCGACUAUUCACUAGUUCUAGAGACUUAUUUAAAUAGUAGAACCGAAAAAUUACCUGCGUUGUAAUUAUUUUCAAAGUAAAUUAUCGAAUUCAAGGUACUGUAAGUAAUAAUAAAUACUUUUUAUAAUAA